CCAGACGUCCCCUCUCCAUCCUUCUCAGCAUCAGAACAGCCAUCCCAGGUCCUCGAGUGAGCAUCCUCCGGGUCCAGGCCAACAAUGCGGUGCUUGCCAGGUCAUUCUCCGCCAGCAGACCAAACAACAAAGCUUCCCCUGCGGAAAUCAGCACGGAGACAUACCAUGAGCUGGCCGAUGAUUAUAUGAAUGCCCUCGUCGAGAAGUUAGAGCAGAUGCAAGAGGAGACCGAGGAGGUGGAUUGUGAAUACAGCGCCGGUGUCCUAACCCUCGCAUUCCCUCCGAACGGUACCUACGUAAUCAACAAACAGCCUCCCAACAAGCAGAUAUGGCUUUCAUCGCCCAUCACCGGUCCCAAGCGAUACGACUACGUGGUUCUCAGCGAAGGCCAAGACGCAAAGGAAGGUACUGGUAGAGGAGAAUGGGUAUACAUCCGAGACGGCAGCACAUUAACUCAACUUCUACAAACAGAGGUUGGCGUCGAUAUGUCGAAUCUUUACGCACCAGUAGAACAUCGAGGUGAUUGAGGAGCGAACAAUUGUGUCGAGUCGAUUGGAUGUAUGGAUAGGAAAGCGAAAAUGAUCAUGAGUAGCGAGCGGUUAGUCUGGGUCAUGUGUUACGAGAUUUCCCUACAAGUUCUUUCUCUGGGAUGGAGUCAGAGGAGCGUAAUGGAUGAAUGAAUUAGGUCUGGAUUGUUCGUAUCACUAUCGAGUAUUUUCGAACAUGUCCUCGGUGAGUUCGUUGGUGGUGGUGGCUUCACUGGCGCAGCUCGUAUCAACAAUAUUUUGAACAGGUAGGUUGCAUCAAACCUUUCAAAUGGUACCAUGGGGCAUUCUUCUACCCAG